UAAAACUCACCCUUGUGAGAGGAAAGGAAGCAAUGGCAAAUCACAGAUGGUGUCAAAAUUUGAGCAUGAAUCCGGGAUUAACAGUCAAGGUGUAAGUAGUGAACACACAGAACCUGUCAAGACACAGUCUCCAUUUGUACCCCAGAGUGCUUCCACCACUUCGUCAACUGGUUAUGAAACACCACAAGCAUCUAUACUAGAGCAGACCACCCAACCCAAGGCAGUCCCUGAACCACGAAGAAGUGUACCUGUACAACAACAGGACACCAAGGAAUUCAUCUCUGACCAUCUCAAUAAACAGUCACACAAGCUCUCCUCUGUUGACCAAGGUACAAGGAGAAAUGCUGAAGGUCUUGAUGUGAACUCAACAUCAAUCAAACCUGAACCUGGAAAACAAUUUGUUGAUAGAAAACAGGCUGGUAAUGUUUUGGGGUCUGGGGCAUCCAAGGAUAGCCAAAGGAGAGGCUCUAAUUCUUCAUCUAUAAGUUCCUUGUCUGAUAUCAUCCAAGAUAUCAGGAUUUCUCCACAUGAAGCUAAAUUAGCCACUGAGAACAUACCCACUAAAGUUCAACUGCCACUGUAUCCUUUCAAGAAUGGCCAGAGACUAGAAGUUGUUGUCACUGAGGUAUUGAGUCCAUGGGAGUUUUGGGUUCAACCUGUUGGCACAGAGCUGGAUUUACUCAUGGAGGAAAUGUGCAUGCAUUAUGCAAAAAUGGCAGCAGCCGGUUACAAAGGAGGACUUAUAACUGCGCCUGACGUCGGUGACUUCUGCUGUGCAAAGUUUACACAAGAUGACACGUGGUACAGAGUGUUAGUGACAGGUGUUAAAGAAUCGGCCACAGGACCGUCUGUUGGAGUCCUUUGCGUUGAUGACGGCAACCGUGAGGAACUUGGUCUUUCCCGUCUCCGUCCAUUGGAAGAAAAAUUCCUUAAACUGCCUUGUCAAGCUCUGUGUUGUGCACUGUCGGGUGUGAGGCCAGUUAGUCUACAGCAACAAAAGACAGGAGCUGAGACCUCUUUAUGGAGUGCGGACUCCAUUGCGUGGUUAACACACAAAGUGUCCGGCACGAAGCUUCUAGCAUAUCCUUCAAGAGUCGAAUCCAGCAAGUUUGUCAUUAUCGAUCUCUACGUGUUCCCUCCCAAGAACCCUAAGCUAAAAACCCCAGUAUCAUCUGUCACAGGUAAAGGUCUCCCGGGGCUACAGUACAGUAUUGCAGAGAUGAUGAUAAUCUCCGGUAUGGCGCAGCGAAUCAUGCUCCAAGUUAGAGAUGGUAGCUUGUGCAGUGGCGGGUCGAGUCCCUUGUCUGGGGGAAGCAACGGGUGUUUAACUCGGAGCUGCAGUAGUGUUAGUAUCGGGAGCAGCGUGCAGGAAGGAGAUGGGCUCGUUGAGAAGUGUGUAGACAAUGUAAAUUGUAAAGAAGAAAAUACGUUUACGGACAAUUCGUGCUCAUCGAAAGAAACUGUUAUUCACACGCCGGCUCUAACGAACGAAGAGCGUGCAAAGGUGAAUGAAGAGUCUUCCACGGAUGAAACAGAGAAUACAGAUGUCACUUUUGGACAGAAGGUGACGGAUAAACAAAUCGACGGCGCACUUGGAUUAAGCUUGAAAGAAAAAAAUUUCGAACAUUCCCUGGACCAAAAAGACAUAAAACCUAUCGACGUAUCGAUGUCCUCUGAGUCCCUUCCCAUGUCAGGCCCUGAAGAGUCCUUCAUCACUGAGCUCCGACCCGUAGAGCGCCCUGUGUGUCUACAAAUGCUGAUGUCUCAUGUUGUGAAUCCCAGCGAGUUUUAUGUUCAUCUUGUAACGCCAGAUGCUGGAAUUCUUGAUGUAAUGAUGGACGAAUUGAACAAGUUCUAUGGCACUGACCCUUUUCCCCAAAGUUGUGCGCCGAGUAAUAGUUACCAGCCCCAAAUAGGAGACUACUGUUGCGUUCGGUUCACACAGGACGGGAGGUGGUACCGCGGACUGGUGACCAGUGUUCGCUGGACUGGGGAUGUUCAAGGUCCAAUCAGCAGUGCUCACGAUGUCCAAGUAUUUCAUGUAGAUUUUGGGAGUUCUGAGUUUGUUUCCGUUACUGAUAUAAAGCCUCUUGUAGCCAAAUUCCUAACGCUACCUGGGCAGGUGGUGAAAUGCAAGCUGGCGAACCUUAGACCUUUGAUAAUUGAAGAGACCCCGAUAGCACUAGAAGAAAAACCUGCUAUUAAAGAGAUAACAGAAGAGGCUAGCCUCCCAGCAGAAGUAACUCCCUCAAAAGAAGAGAAACCAGUAGCGGUGGGUGAACGGCCUUCGAAAUCUGACUCUCCUCCCACAGGAAAAUCUGGCAGCAAAAGAAACAGAAGGAAACGAAAACGACCCCCCAAAAUAUCGUUAAAGGAUGAAAAAAUUGUUAUACGGGCGGCUGGUGAUGAAUCUUAUGACAGCAGUGAGAUGAGUGAGAUUGAAUUCAUUAAAAAAAGAGACCAGGAGAAAGGGAAAGAGACAGUGAAAGAUGAGGAUAAAGAUAAGGCUGCGUUUCCGGAAAAAUACUUGCUUCCCAGUCCAAGUGCUAGUCCAGAAAAACCGUUCCCUCUUCUUAAUGAAUCUCCUCCCGUUAAAACUGCGGAAAAAUGGCCCGAAGGCUCGUCAGAAUUAUUAACCGGGCUGACGGAUGAUAACAGGAAAUUAGUGGGUUACAUGGUGCCGUGGGAUUCAUGGGUCUAUCAACAGCUGUUCAACCCUGCUAUUGGUGGAACAAAGGUCGAUAUAUCUUACAAGAAGCCCACCCUAAGCCUUGACCUGUACGACACUACAGGCGACGAGGAUAUCUUUAUCAAUCAAGUACUUGUGGAGACGGGAAUAGCAGAUUUUGUAGAAAAUCCUGCAGAACAAACAGGAACUGAUGUUAUGACGGUUCAACUUACUCUCCAAGAUUUAGAGAGCACUGCGUCAAGUAUGCAAGCACAAGGUUCGCCUUCGGACGAGAAGGAAGCAAAGGCUAUUACAAGUCCAGCAAGCCCGACUAGUCCGCUUAAAGACUGGGAUCCAAUGAAGGAAGAUUUUCUUUCAUCUAAAAACAGCUACGCUAUAAACAGUGAUGACUUGGACAUCGUCUUUCAAGGACACCAGGACCUGAGCAGAAGAGUAUGCCGUUAUUAUCAGACAAGAUCAGGGUGCUGGCGUGGAGACCAGUGUCCUAAUCUUCAUGUUAAAAAAGGUGAAGAACUUCAUGACUACGUGGAGGCCUUUUGUGACAAUAUGGAUUCCUCUGUCACGCUACCUGAUAUCGGUACCUGGGUUGCAGUUCGCGUCACGGCCAUCUUCAAUCCGGGACAUUUCUGGGUGCAGUUCCCCUACGGAACAGAACCAAUAGAAAAACGCAUCAUGGCUGCGAGGUUGAAUCGAGAGUUUGAAUUUGAUAACGAGGAGCGAGAAGAAGAAGAUCUUGAUUCUCUGAUGGCCAAAAUCGGGAAAUUUUAUUCUCGAAACAAUUGUCAAGAUCCCAGGCGUAUUUUUCCCGCUGAAGGUGAGCUGUGUGUGGCCAGGUACUCCAAAGACGAUAAAUGGUACAGAGCGCGUAUCACAGGCGUGCGAGAGGACGAACUGCAG